UGGGACGUUCAAGGCGAUUCCUCCCACUUCCCCGACCAUCUUUCAUCAGCCAACGUUCCUCCAGCCAACACCUCCCCGGCUAGCCCACUGCCGGCCAAGAGUAGACCAGCACCACCCACUACACUGUCGUGAGUGCGCUUACAGGGCUCGUGGCCAAACGGAAAGGGGGGCAGGACCUUUAGACACGCCUUGCAUGCUGCUGAGUCCUCUCCGGCUCCCGUCUGAACCUGCAAGUUGGAACCAAACAUUAUGCUAAUGAUCGCCAAGGACCUGGGAUUCCGGUUGCUUAGGAACGAAAGUUUCGCAGGCUGUGGAAGGAGAGCUGAAUAGAGUGACACUGUAGCUGGCCAGGGCUGAGCAGCCAGCAACUCAGAAGAUUUCACUCGGGCGCCUCCAUCUGAUUGCUCCUCGCCGCCCGAGCCCGCCGCAGCUCUCUCCCCCGCGGCACGAUGGGCAAGGGGAAAGCAAAAGGCCCCAAAGGGAAAAAGGUCACCUUGAAAGUUGCCAAAAACUCCAUCAAGAUCACGUUUGACGGGAAACGCCGCCUCGACCUGAGCAAGAUGGGCAUCACCACCUUCCCCAAGUGCAUCCUCAAGCUGGCCGACGUGGACGAGUUGGACCUGAGCCGGAACAUGAUCAAGAAAAUCCCAGACUUCAUCGAGAAGUUCCAAAACCUGCGCUGGCUGGACUUGCACAGCAACCAGAUCGAGAAGCUGCCGGAGACCAUCGGCAUGCUCCAGAACCUCUUCUACCUCAACAUCUGCAACAACAAGCUCACCACCAGGACCCUGCCAGAUGAGCUGAGCCAGCUGAAAAACCUGCGCACGCUCAACCUCGGCUUGAACCAGAUCGACCAGCUCCCCACCACCCUGGGGUCCCUGAAGGAGCUCCAGGAGGUGGGCGUCUUUGACAACUACCUGACGGCCAUCCCCAACAGCGUGGCCAAGCUCCCCAAACUCAAGAAACUGAACGCCAAGAGGAACCCCUUCCUCCAGCCGACGGAGGAGGAGCUGUUCCUCGACAGCAUCAAGCGCCUGGAGGCCCUGUACUUGGUGGACGAGAAAGACCUGUGCAGCCCCUGUCUGAAGAAGUGCCAGGAGGAGAGAGACAAGCUGAACAAGCUGAAGAACGCGGUGCCCGCCUCCAUGAGGAAGCCCAACUUCUCCGCCCUCAUGACGCCCAACUCCACGGCGAAGGAGAACCAGGCGGAGUGGCGGUGAGGAGGGUCACGCGAAGGUGGCGGCGGCACCCGGAGUU